AUGUCUAAUAAAUCUCAUCGAAUACCUCGAGCACUAUCAAUUCAAAGUCAUGUUGUUUAUGGUUAUGUUGGAAAUAAAUGUGCCGCUUUUAUUUUACAGCUCUACGGUUUUGAUGUUGAUCUUAUCAAUUCUGUUCAUUUUUCUAAUCAUACUGGAUAUAAAACAGUAAAAGGUAGUCGAUUAAGUGUGGAUGAACUUCGAAAUAUUUUUCAAGGAUUAUUAACUAAUAAUCUUUUAGAAUAUGAUUAUAUUCUUACUGGUUAUAUGGGUUCUGGUGAAUUAUUACAUGUUGUUGCUGAAUAUAUACAACUGAUUAAAUCGAAAUUUCCUCAUGUCAAAUAUGUUUGUGAUCCGGUAAUUGGUGAUAAUAAUAAACUUUAUGUCGAUCGAACUUGUAUUGACGUAUAUAAAAAUGAAAUUCUUCCAUUAGCUGAUAUAAUUACACCGAAUGAUUUUGAAGUCGAAUUAUUAAUUGAAAAACAACUGAUUGGUAUUCAAAAUGAUAAUCAAGAUGAUAUUAUUUGGCAAUCAUUACGAUGUUUACAUAAUAUGGGUCCAUCACAUAUUAUUAUUUCAAGUUUAUCAGCAGAUAAAAUCGGUGGUAAUAGAAAUAUGUUACAAUUGAGAGCUAGUUCAAAACUUGCAGAUAAUCAAUAUCAAACAUUUCGAAUUGAUUUUCCACGUUUAGAAAGCUCUUUUACAGGUACAGGUGAUUCAUUUUCUGCUUUAAUUCUUGCAUGGUUUCAUAAAGAAAAUAAUUUAAUAUGUGCUUGUGAAAAAGCUAUUUCUAUUAUUCAUCAAAUAUUAUUAAAAACACUUGAAUUAGCUAAACCAAUUAGUAUUCAUAAUACAUGUGGUAAUGAAUUAUGUUUAGUUGAAAGUAAAACAAUUAUUGAAUCGGCUAAAACAAUAUUUUAUGCUGUUUUAAAUGAGAAAUGUAACAGUUAA